AUGCCCCGCCCAAUCCGCACCGUCAAGCCCCCCUCCGCACCAGCCGCGACCAGCAAGAAGACCACAACCACAGCCACAAAGAAGCCCACAAAGGCUACAACAACCACAACCACAGCUGCUACUACAAACACGAAAUCGCGCACGACCCGCUCAGGCACCAAAGACUCGCCCUCGACGCUGCCCACGCCCACCUCCGACGAACCCGUCAAGAAGACCCGCACGACGCGUCGCAGGCCCUCGCCCUCCCCCUCCCCUGCCCCCGCCCCACCACCCCGCACCACGCAGAGUCCACACCCGCGCGCAGCACAGCAUCAGCAGAAAUCCAAGUCCCUGCCUCCAGCAAUGCGGAGAACCACACACCCACGCCCUCCACCCCCACCCCCACCGCAACACCAACACACUUCCACUCCUCGCCCCACCCAUGCCCACCACCACCACCACCACCGCUGCCACAACAAAGCGCCUAAUGGUGCUCGAGUUCGGCUCCGACGCCGGCUACUCCCCGCCGCCCCCCUCGCGCCCCACGUCCGCGCAGCGCCCACGCCUGCGCGAGCUGCAGCCACUCUCCUCGGCUCCGAUCGGCCCGCUCUGGCCAGGAGGGGCGAGAAUCGCGACCCCCGCGCUUCGCCAACGCCUAAGCGUGGCCGCAAGAGCGGGUUUGCACCCGUGGAGCUCGAGGAGGGCGAUGAGCAGCAGGGCGGCGGUGGGAGAGCAGAGGCAUUCUAUAUCCCCGGCGCGGACGACGAGGAGGCGUUUACAAUCUACUCGGACCCGAAGUCACCCGUGCGCCUGCCCGCCAACACUACCAGCGCUAACGCAGUGUUCGACGACACCAUGCGCCCGCCGGAGUCGUCCCCGCCGCCGCAGGCGGCGCAGGGGCGGAUGCGGAAGCGCCGCUCGUCGGGCGCUGUGGUGGAUAGUGAUGAGGAUGCGGCUGCAGAGGCAGAGGCGGAAGACGAUGCGGAGGCUGCAACAGACCGGAAGGGGAAGCGGAGGAAGGCGGCGGCUGAGAAGGUAAAGGCCGCAGCAGCAGCAAAGAACAUGACGACGGCGGACCUGCGCGGGCUGCUGCCGAGACGGAAGAAAGUGGUGAGGGCGGCGGAGAGGGACGAGUUUGAUGUUGUUAGCACGGAGGAGGAUGUGGCGGUGGGGGAGGAGGAGGAUGAUGAGACGGAUGAGCUGUCGCGGCCGACGAGGGCGGCUGUGGCGGCGGGGAAGAAGAAGAAGGCGCCGAAGGCGGGGGGGAAGAAGGCGGCGGCGGCUGCUGCUGCCGCGGGGGGUGGGAAUGCGAAGACGAAGACCAAGGGGAAGGCGCAGAAGACGACGGGCGCGGCGGCGGCGGCGGCGGGGACGCUGUCGGGGAGGGUGGCGAAGACGUAUGCGCGCAAGUCUGUCUCGUCGGAGAAGGAGAACGACUCGCCGAACAGGAGCAGGAAUGCGGCGGUUGCGGUUGCGGCGGCGAUGGCGGCGGCGGAGAGUAGUGGGGAUGAGACGGUUGUUCCGGGAGUAGUGAUGGGGGAGGCGGGGAGGAGGGGGAGGGCGGCGAGGAUGAGGGAGGUGGUGGAGAAGUUUAGGGAGGUGGAUAGGUGGGAGAUGGAGUUUGAGGAUGUGUCGCAGGGGAGUUUGGAGGUGAGUGAGGGGAGUAGGGGGGGAGAUAGUGGUGGUAGGGGGUAA